AUGGCAUUGUCUUUCUUCGAGAAGCCAUCAUUAGUCUUCGGAGCGUCUAUCGUCUUACGCGCUGUUCUUCUCUGCUAUGGCGCAUGGCAGGAUGCCAAUUCCGCUGUCAAAUACACCGACAUCGACUAUAUAGUGUUUACCGAUGCAGCGCGGUACGUCUCUCGCGGCGACUCGCCGUACGCUAGAGAUACAUAUCGCUACACGCCUCUUCUGGCUUGGCUGCUCCUUCCGACGUCAUGGGAUGGUCGGCUCUUCUUCGCUUUUGGAAAGGCGCUCUUUGCGCUCUCUGAUGUCUUGGCUGGUUGGUUGAUUGCUCAAUCGCUCAUGGCCACGUACGGAAUAAGUUCCGCGCGUGCGCUGAAGUAUGCCAGUGUUUGGCUGCUUAAUCCGAUGGUCGCUAAUAUCAGCACCCGCGGUAGCUCGGAGGGUCUUCUCUGCGUUUUGGUUAUUGCGCUGCUCUGGGCGGUGCUGAAUAGGAGGAUCACCCUCGCUGGGGUGUUACUGGGUCUUGGAGUGCAUUUCAAAAUCUAUCCGUUCAUUUACGGUUCUUCUAUCCUGUGGUGGUUGGACAGCCAUCGAGACGGUUCUAUACCGGAGUCAAAACCAAACCCCAAAUCCAACUCUUCUUCAAACAUCAAUCACCAACAAGUAUUCUCCCAUAUCCUCAAUUUUAUCACCCCAUCUCGUCUUCAUCUCACCCUCACCGCUCUCACUACGUUCUUCGCCCUCAAUCUCUCCAUGUAUGUAAUAUACGGCUCCCCCUUCCUACAGCAUACCUACCUCCAUCAUCUCACCCGCAUCGACCACCGUCACAACUUCUCCCCCUACAGCACCCUGCUCUAUCUCUCUGCCGCGGGCUCCGUGCAUGGAUCUUUCGAAUCCCUCGCUUUUCUCCCGCAGCUCCUCCUCUCCGUCUUUGCUAUUCCGCUCGUUCUUGCGAAGAGGAGUCUUCCCGGUGCGAUGCUGGCGCAGACGUUUGCGUUUGUGACGUUUAAUAAAGUUUGCACAAGCCAGUACUUCCUAUGGUACUUAAUCUUCCUCCCAUUCUACCUUCCAGGAUCAUCAUUACUCAAGUCCCCAAAACUGGGUCUAUGUGCUGCUGGAUUAUGGGUUCUGUCUCAAGUUUGUCUCCAUCCACCCCCAAAGUAG